AUGUCAGAAAACUUCCAACGACAAAAUCAAAAUCAUGCUACUAAUCAAGCUCAGAAUUUAAAUGGUAUCCAACCAAACAGUAUUAUUAAUUAUCCGGUACAUGAAUUAUCUAUUAAUGACAUUUUGUUAUCAAAAAAUUAUUUAGAUGAUUAUCAAAGAUUAUAUUUCGUAUCAUGUUUUAUUAAAUUCUUUAAAAAUGGUACUAGAAAUUUAUCAAUCACAAAUGAUUUAAAUAUUAAAAAAACAAUUUAUAAAUCAAAUGUAGCCCAGAUUUUUAAUAAUUCAAAUGACAAUAAUCAAACUGUCACUUUUAAAUUAUUAAAUUGUUUCGAAUAUCAAUUCCCGGAUUUACAAAAAAAUCAAUUAAAUGACAAUGAUUUGAAUUCUCUAACUUAUUUAACAAAAGAUAUUAAGGAAAAAUUGUCAAUCCCACAUACUAUCUACAGUAAAAAAAAUUUACAAUUGUUUAUUAAUUCAAAUAUACCAAAUUUACAUAAUAAUGGCAAUCCAAGCACAACAGACUUAACCACGAAUGAAGAAAAUGAAAAAGGAUCACAAGAAAUAGCAAUAAAUGAUUCAAAUUUAAAUUCAUUAUCCAAAAAUCAUCAAUUUAAAUUAAAUAAUAAUAAUGAAACACUUAUUAACCCAAAUAAUUAUAUUAUUUGGACUUAUGACACAGGUUAUGUCUUCUUAACUGGUAUUUGGAGAUUAUACCAAGAUGUCAUGAAAGGUUUGAUUUAUUUGAAAAGAUACACCGAUGAGAAUGAAAAUAUGAAUAAUAAUAAGAAUAAUAAAAAUAAAAUUCCAAUAAAUAAAGAAUUAGAAAAGGAUUAUAUUAAUGAAACUUGUAUCGAUGAAUUCGAAUUCGUAAUGAAUCAUGUAUUCUACGAUGAUUUAACAAAUUUAGAUUUUGAUACAAUACACGCUAAAAAAAGAAGAAGAAGUGCAACAAAAUUUAAUAAUUUAGUUAAUCCAAUAAAUUUGAAUGAAUCGCAUUCAAAUCCUAUUUCGAAUCCAAAUUCGCCAACAUCACAUUCCCCAUAUCCAACUUCGGGCACUAAUUAUACUGACUUACAUUGGAAUAAUAUUUCAAAUGAAUUAAAAGAUUUCUUAUUGAUUACUUUUAAAGAUUAUUUGAGAAUUAAAAGGAAUUUACCAGAAAGUCAAUUGACUAAUUUGACAAUUUAUGAUUUAAUUCAAAGAAUUAGAGGUGGUUAUAUUAAAAUUCAAGGUACUUGGUUACCAUGGGAAAUUUCAAGAAUUUUAUGUAUAAGAUUUUGUUACCCAAUUAGAUUUCUAUUGGUACCUCUUUUUGGACCAGAUUUCCCAAAAGAUUGUGAAUUUUGGCAUAAAAAUAUACAGCAAAAAUUAUUAUACAACAAUGGGAAUAUAGCUACAGUUACAACUACAACUACAACAAAUAUUAAUGAUUCAGUAACUAUUUUAAAUAAUGAAAAAAUUACAAAUAAUUACAAAAAAAUUCAGAAACCAAAUGAAAAAGAAAUCCCUGUGACUCAAGUAGCAAAGCCAUUCAAGAAAAGAAAGAAAAGGGUAUCCAAAAGUAAGAAAAUUUCUGAACCAUUAAAAAAAAGAAAUGCAAAGGUUAUGAAUAUUAGAAACCAUUUAACGAAGGCGUUUAAGGUUCUAUUAAAAACUGCUCAAAUGAAAAGGCCCUUAAAAAUGCCACUUACAGAUUUAAAUUUUGCAAGAUAUAAAUCAUACCAUUAUCAAGGUAAUUUAAAUUUUUUCCUAGUAACAAUUCCAACAUUGAGAAAAAAUAUUCAUUCUAAUAAUUUAAAACUGCCAUCAUUAAAUUAUACCUUGUCAGAUAACUCUGACAAUAAAUCAAUUAAUACAGAUAUUAUUAUCGAAGGCCAGCUAAAAAUGCAAAGACAUAUACAAGGACAACAACGGCAACAGAUGCUUGAAAAUAAAGCUAAACAGCAAGAAUUAGCAACUUUUAUGAGAAAAAAGAGUAGUACUAUGCCAUCAGCAACCAUAUCACCAAGAACUUCGGUAUCUCAUGUGCCAUUGUAUAUUGGUCAUCAUCCUGUGAAUCGUCAAUCGCAAGAUUCUAUAGAACCUAAAAUGUCAACAGCUAUAAAUUCACAAUAUUAUAGGACCAAUGGUCAUAGAUAUUCAUAUCCAAUGAAUGUCAGAUAUUCUUCCACAGGCAGUAUUUCCAAUGACGAAAGAUUUUCUCUGUCUUCAAAUAAUAAUAUUAAUCAGGAUACAGAUAAUAGAAGUUCUAUGAAUGCCAACUAUUUGUAUAAUAAUGGUCAAGGAUUAGAAAGACCAAGGCUACAAUUUGUUUCACAAGUGCCAAGGUCAAAUAACUGGGCAAAUUAUCCAAUACCGUUGACGCAACAUGUCGGUUACUCCCACCAAAAUGGCUCACAACCACUGUUUGAAAAUAAUCAUAUGAUGAAUAAUAAUAACAUUCAUUAUGACAAUAAUGGUAGAAUUAUUAUGAUGAAUAGAAACAGUGUUAAUCAAAAUAAUCACAAUCCUAGCAUACCAUUUAAUGUUGAACAGCAAGAUGUGUCAUCAGGUUCUGUUCGUAGCGGCUUGAGCGGAAGUAAUUUUGUACCAAGGUUUAAUGCGGAACAAACUCAACAAAAUGUGUUGGCCUGGAGAAAUUGGUUAAACGGUACUCGAUAA